GUUAAUACACACAUAGUCUCUCUCUCUUUUCCUCGAAGUACACGUUGUUGUUGUACUUUUACAAGUAAAUAUUAUUUAAGGCGCAAAAAUGGCAGCGAUCGAGGGUGUUUUACAAGAGCCCCUGAGGCAGUCCAUCCUCGACAGCAAGGUACUCGUCGUCGGGGCCGGUGGCAUCGGCUGCGAGAUCUUGAAGAAUCUCGUGCUGUCCGGCUUUCUUGACAUCGAAAUCAUUGAUUUGGAUACCAUUGAUGUGAGUAACUUGAAUAGACAGUUUUUGUUUCAAAAAGAACAUGUUGGCAAGUCCAAAGCCAUAGUUGCGAGAGAGUCGGCUAUGCAGUACAAUACUAAGGUCAACAUCAUUGCUCACCACGCUAGCGUGAUGAAUCAAGAAUAUAGCGUUAACUACUUCAAGAAAUUCAACCUUGUUAUGAAUGCAUUAGACAACAGAGCUGCUAGAAAUCAUGUAAAUCGCAUGUGUCUCGCUGCAGAUGUACCGCUGCUUGAAUCAGGAACAGCGGGUUACGACGGACAAGUUGAGCUGAUUAGAAAAGGUUUGACCCAGUGUUAUGAGUGUAUGCCCAAGGCACCUCAGAAAACGUUUCCUGGUUGUACCAUUAGAAAUACACCAAGUGAACCAAUUCAUUGCAUUGUUUGGGCAAAACAUUUGUUCAAUCAACUUUUUGGGGAAGAAGAUCCUGAUCAAGAUGUGUCACCUGAUACUGCUGAUCCAGAAGCUGCUGGUGAUACAGCUGGAGAAGAAGCUCUACAAAAAGAAGCUAAUGAACAAGGCAAUGUUGACAGAGUAUCUACUAGAACAUGGGCACAAUCUACUAACUAUAAUCCAGAAAAAAUAUUCAACAAACUUUUCCAUGAUGAUAUAAAAUAUCUGUUGAGUAUGGAUAAUUUGUGGAAAAAACGCAAACCUCCAGUACCACUAGAAUGGAGUACAUUACCUGAACUUUUAACUGAACUCAACAAGGAAGAAAAUCAAGCUGGUCUUAAAGAUCAGAAGCACUGGAGUAUAGCCAAAUGUGGAGAAGUGUUUGCAGAUUCUAUAGGUAAAUUGAGCAAGGCCUUUGAAGAAUGCAGGAAAAAAGCAGCAGAUGACCAUCUUGUAUGGGAUAAGGAUGAUGAAGCGGCAAUGGACUUUGUGGCAGCUUGUGCUAAUAUCAGAGCUUACAUUUUUGGCAUUGCGCAGAAAACGAGAUUUGAUAUCAAAUCAAUGGCCGGUAACAUUAUCCCAGCUAUAGCCACAACAAAUGCCAUCAUUGCCGGUAUUGUUGUCCUUUACGCUUUCCGCGUUCUUCAAUCUAAAUUUGAUGAAUGCAAAUCUGUAUACCUGCGACCCAAAAUGAACCAUCGCAAUCAGCUCAUUGUCCCAGAAAAACGUCUGAAUCCACCGAAUCCAAACUGUUACGUGUGCGCCCCUACGAACUGUUGUGCCAUGGCGGUCGACACAAAGACAAUGUCAGUUCUAGAAUUUCAAGAAUACGUAUUACAAAAAGGCUUGAACAUGAUCGAGCCAGACGUAAUAAUUGAUGGAAAAGGAAUUGUUGUCAUUAGCAGCGAACCCGGCGAGACCGAAGAAAACAACAAGAAGACAUUGGAAGAAGUUGGCAUCGUAGAUGGAACAAUACUGGCGAUCGACGAUUUCCAACAGAAUUACUCGUUGAAAGCAACGAUAGUGCACAGAGAAAAGCCGCCCGCGCACAUGAAACUGCCAGAUUGGAUAAUAGAGCACGCAGCUAAAGAUUUUACGCCGCAAGAUUUGAUGACAAACGAAGAAAGAGCCGAUAAAGAGAAGAAAGCCGAAGAAACGCCUUCGACGUCAAAUGGCAAUUCCCAUCUCAAAUCAGUCUCGUCCGAAUCUCCGGAGCCGUCAGGACCGGGCUCGGCGAAGAAACGCAAAAUCGAGGAUUCAACUGUAGAUGAUACCCCGACCAAAAAGCUGAAAAUCGAGGAUUCGACUAUAGAUACACCCACCAAGAGGCUCCAAAUCGAUAGCAACUCGCCGAUGUCCGCUGACAGCGACGACGACUGCUGCAUAAUUAUGGACGACGACGAAGAGCAGCCCUCCUCGGCUAGUGGUGAACCAGUCGCGUCGACCUCCAAGCACAGGCCAACGGAGGACGACGACGACGACUGUUUCAUCGUGGAAGACGACGACGACGACAGCGACGACGUCAACAUGAUCGGCGAGGUCAUCAAUAACUAGAUUUAUAGCAAAGAAAGAGCAGAGGGGAGGAAACUUAUUUUCUGUAAAUUUAUACAAUAAGUUAGCUAGUAUACUUUGUACUAUUACUAUUAAUAUUUAAUAUUUCAUUUUCUUUUGUCAACUUCCAUAGGUCAUUUUUCACUACGAAAAUAAUUUUUUGUAAACAAAUGUUUUCAUAUUGAAAAACUUCUUAUUUAAUAGCAAAAUGAACGUGUAACGCGCGUUCAACUCUUUUCCUAUAUUUACAAGCAAGUGUACCUUUGUAUCAAACGUUAUAAGAUGACAUAUAUUUUUCUUUCUUCGAAUAAAUCAUUCGACAUUGUACACAAAA